AUAGAGGGGAAUAACUGUAAAAUAAACAUGGCGUUAAGGUUGACUGCUAGGUGCUUUCGAUGUCAUCUAAGGCAACAUCGGCGACUCUCGCAACAUUUUCAGUCUCAGUAUUCCACCACAUCUUCUAAUCAGGACAAUGACUACGCAGACAUUGUUAUAUCUGGUGGGGGAAUGGUUGGUGGAUCUAUGGCCUGCGCGUUAGGAAACAACAAAAUGCUUAAGAACAAAAGAAUUGUCCUUUUAGAAGCAAGCAAAGACAAGGGAGACUAUGUGCUGCCAAAUUCUUACAGUAACAGAACUUGUGCCCUUAGCCCUUCCACAAGGCGACUGCUGGAGAGUUUUGGUGCUUGGCAAGAAAUAGAGGCCUUGAGAUAUCAUCCCGUGCUCAGGAUGCAGGUCUGGGAGUCUUGCUCCGAUUCGCUGAUCACCUUCAACAAUCCAGACAUGACUGACAGCCUGGCGUACAUUGUAGAGAAUGACGUUAUUCUUGCGGGUAUCAUGCGAGCCCUCAAAGCUCAGGGCAACAGAGUGGAAAUCCGUUACGGCACAAAGGUGGAAACCUUCAGUCUGCCAGGCAAAGAAGAAGACAACAUCAAAUUACCUUAUGUGGGACUACAGCUCAGUGAUGGGUCCGAACUGAGGACAAAACUGCUGAUUGGUGCUGAUGGCAUGAACUCGGCGGUGCGUGAUGCAGCAGGUUUCCAUACCAUGACACGGGAUUACAAACAGACAGCAGUGGUUGCCACAUUAGUAUUAGGGGAUACAACUCUGAACAACACAGCGUGGCAGAGGUUCCUCCCUACAGGUCCUAUUGCUCUUCUACCGCUGAGUGACAAGCUGUCAUCACUUGUAUGGACCACCACUCCACAAGAUGCCAAACAUCUCCAACAGAUCCCAGCAGACAGCUUUGUCGAUGCUGUCAACGAUGCUUUGUGGCAUGAGAGAGAGAAGAAUCCUUUAGCUGGUCAGAUGCUGGAGGCUUUCAAGACAGUUGUACAGAAUGUCUUUCCAGACAGUGACCCAUCACGACAGCUGCCCCCAACAGUCAUUGAUGUGCAGGAAGGAUCCCGAGCAGCUUUCCCACUGAAACUGAUUCAUUCUUCACAGUAUGUCCAGUCACGGGUGGCUCUCAUCGGCGAUGCCGGCCACCGUCUCCAUCCCCUGGCUGGUCAAGGAGUCAACCUUGGCUUUGGUGACGUGGAAUGUCUCAACGAGGUCCUGGGAGAAGCAGUGCGGUCUGGCGCGGACCCAGGUUCCCUGACUCCUCUUUUGCGGUACGAGUCGGAGCGUCAAAGGCACAAUGUCCCAGUCAUGCUCAGCAUUGAUGGACUGCAGCGUCUCUAUAGCACAGAGUUCACUCCACUAGUUGUGUUGCGCAGCUUGGGACUUCAAGCCACCAAUUCCCUGUCUUUCAUCAAGAAAAAGAUCAUAGAACAAGCAUCAAUAUAGAGGAUUGGACUUAACUGCUUGGACAAAAUAUGACCACAGCUGGUGUUGUUGACUAACAGGACAUGUACAAUAGGCGGAUUCCGUUACUCCUGUCAGACAAAGUCACCUCAACUCAACCUGCAAGCGCCGCGAGGCUGUCAGCUUAUACUGUGAUGGACACACUAUGAAGAAAACUGGUGCACGUCAUUUAUGUAUGUACCAGGUAUGCCUGGUGCCGUGUUGUUUUGUUUACAUGCAGAUUUUGCUGCAGAGUCUGUUAAGUUACCAUGAAAGAUGAGAGGAGCUGUGAGGAAAAGACUACCUGAAUAGAUUCAAAGGGUUUGGGAAAGAAAUGGAAAUCUUGCUGUCUCAGAGUGACAACAGGAAUACUUUCCACUCUCUGUUGUGAAAUUUACAAGGGUUUUCAGUUUCUUUUGAUCAUCUAUCUAGCAAAAUGGUGUUUAUAUAUCGUACCUCGUGUACUUAUGUUUGCUUUACAAUUUGAAUAUUAUGUUUUUCGAGUCCUCACUUUUGUUUCACAGGACUGGAUCGGUUUUUUACCAAAAUAAAAUUUUAUCUUCGUCUAUUCA